AUGAAGGCACUCACCGCGUCACUGCCCCGCCUAACGAGGCGCGCUGUAACGAGUGAUAUCCUUACGAGCAGCGCGGAUUUUGGCUCGUUGGACCUGUAUCCUCUGCUCCUGUCCCGAUUUGCCUCCAUCGCGUCGAUCUCGAGGGGUUACACCACGCCGAGCCGCGUUGCUGACAAGGAAGGAGCAGCAACUCAUGACAACGCGUCGUCCGCGGGAAGAAAGAUCGGUGCAGGCGCGGAUACGAGCACAGAGGGGCGCGAGGACGCGUCGCGUAGCAACCCCAUGGCGGCGCGGCUUCGCAGCCGAGGCGUGAUCCGAUUCGACGGUCGCGAUGCGAUCAAUUUCCUGCAAGGCCUGCUGACGAAUGACGUCAGCACGUUCCUCCAGCAACCCCCUCCGGUUGCCUCUCCCAUCCCCACGCCGAAUCAACCCGCCAGCGUGCAUCCGCCAAUCUAUUCCGCGCUGCUCUCCCCUCAAGGCCGGUUUCUCUACGAUCUUUUCUUGUACCGCCCGCCACACUCGGAUGCGGUGUCGAGUCAGUUGGAUCCGACAGGAGCCGGUCCAGAUACAGGCAACCCAGACGCACCUGAGCUCCUGGCGGAUGUAGAUGUAGCGAACCUGGACGACCUGCUGGCUCACCUGAAGAAGCACAAGCUGCGUGCCAACGUGUCAUUCGCUGACGUGUCAUCUGACGUGGCAGUGUGGGCGCACUUCCACUCGCGGCUCUCCUCCGACCCAGCACUCCCAGACGAGGCAGCAGCGGGCGAGGGGUUGGGGUGGGGCGGCAGAGUGGAUCAGUUGGGAGAACUGACUGCAGAAGCCACAAGAGAGGGAUGGCGGUGGCAUCGUGACCCCAGGUUGCCUGGCUUGGGGCUCAGAGGGCUCUUCCCUGCCAGUGAAAUCCCCCCAUUGGUGGAUGCACAGGUUGAAGAGGGGGAGGAGAGCUACAGGAGGUUUCGGUUUGCAAUGGGAGUGGCGGAGGGGUGCGAAGAGAUGCCAAGAGGUGAAGCCCUUCCCUUGGAGUGCAACCUAGCAGCACUGCACGCCAUCAGCUUCACCAAGGGGUGCUAUGUGGGGCAGGAGCUCACUGCCAGGACUCACCACAGGGGUGUGGUGCGCAAACGACUCAUGCCAGUCCGAAUCGUGCCGUCCGGGGAAGGAGGUGGAGAGGACGUGAGGGAGGGGGUUGGGGAGGUAACAGUGUCUUCAGGGGCUGAGAUAGUGGAAACAGUUUCUGGGAAGGCUGUUGGACGAGUGAAUGCGGUCCUGUGCGGUUCUGAGGGUGAUGGCAGUGGUGCUGGAGCUGGUGCUGGUGGUUCAAAGGAGUUGACAGGUUUGGCGCUGCUGCGAUUGGCUCAUGGCCUCAACCUGGGAUCACAGCUGGCAGUGAAAGCAGGGAACGGGGCAGCUCUGAAAGUUUUGCCGAGCCGCCCGUACUGGUGGCCAAGGGAGUGGGGCAGCGAGGAAAAAUAG